AUACAUCAUCACCAAUUAAAGAAAUUGAUUAUAAAUUAUCAUUUUGGAAAUUAACAUUAAAUUAUAAUAUUAAUUAUAAUUAUAAUAAUGAUUUUAAAAUUUUAAAUAAAAAAGUUGAUUUAUUAAUUAAUAAAUUUAAAUUGGAAUUACCAAUGAAUAUAUAUUCUUUAAAAAAUAAUUCAUUGAAUUCAUUCUUUAGAUUAUUUAAUAUUUUCAUUUAUAAAGAAACAAUUGAAUCAAUUAUAGAAUGUUGUAAAACAGUAAUUUAUUUAAAACAAUUAUUAGAACCAAUAAUUGAGAAAUUAAAAUUAUCAACCACAACACCAUUCAUAAAUGGUCAAUCGCCAUUAGAUAAUGAAUUAUCAAAUUCUUAUGAAUGGUUAACAAUUGAACAAAUUAAUGAAAUUGAAAAUUCAUUUAAAGAGAUUGAAUUAAAAGAAACAUUAUUUGGUGAAACUAAAAUUAGUGAUAAUAGAUUAAUGAAGUUAUUUAAUAUGUUAAUUAUAUUUACACCACCACCACAAUUUGGUGAAGAUAAACUUAAUAAAAAUUACCAAUUUUAUAGAUUUAAAUAUUUUAGAGAAUUUAAAGAAGAAACUAAAUCAUUAUUAAUAAUUGAUAAUUCCAGUGAUUUUGGUUAUUUCAUUAAUUAUGAUAAUAAUAAUAAUAAUAAUAAUAAUUAUAAUUAUAAUAAUGAUUUACAAUUUAAAUAUUGUAAAAAUGAUAUUGAUAUUAUUAUUAAAUUUUUUAAAAAUUCAAUUAAUGAUAUUAUUCAAAGAAUUAAAAUAUUAAAAAAAGAAGAAGAAAAUAGUAAUAAUAAUAAUAAUAAUUAUAAUAAUAACAUUAAAAUAAUUCAAAAUGGAAUAAGUAAUUUAUUAAGUUAUUGUUCAAAAAUUGAUAAUUUAGAACUUUUACAAUUUACAUUUAAUCAAAUAUAUCAAUUUUAUAAUAAAAUUACUUUAUUACAAUUUAAUUUAUUUAGUUCAUUUAAAUGUUUAGAUUUUAUAAUUAAAUUUUCAAAAUCAAUCAAUGAAUCAGUUGAAAAAUUAAUUUCAAAUUUAUUUAUUUUUAAUAAUAUCGAAUUACUUUAUUAUGUUAAAGAAAAUUAUGAAAUUGAAUUAAUUGAAUUUUUAGGAAAUAAUUUUAAUAAAUUAAAAAAUUCAUAUUCAUUUGAAAUAUGUAAAUUCUUUAUUGAAUGUUUAAAUUCAUUAAAUUUUAAUAAUAAUAAUUAUUCAUUUACGGAAAUUGAUAAAGAAGCAUUUUCAAAACGUGUAUGGGAAUUAUUUUUUCAAGGUAAUAUAGAUUUCAAAGAUUUACAAUGGUUAUGUGACUUUAUUGAAAAUAAAUUAGAUAAUUAUAAAAAUUUCGAAUUAGUUUAUAAUUUAUUAUUAUUAGAUUAUAAAUUUACAAUAUCAUUAACAAAUAAAGUAAAAAUUAAAAUUGAAUAUAUAAAUCAUUUUAAUAAUAAUAAUAAUAAUUAUUAUAAUAAUAAUAAUAAUAAUAAUAAUAAUAAUAAUAAUAAUAAUAAUAAUAAUAAUAAUAAUAAUAAUAAUAAUAAUAAUAAUAAUAAUAAUAAUAAUAAUAAUAAUAAUAAUAAUAAUAAUGAAAAUGGUAAUAAUUAUUUAUUAUUAAAUUCAUUAAUUAAUAAUUAUGAUUAUAAUUUUUUAUUAAAUGAAAUUUUAUUGGAAUUAAUUAAAAGAAAUGAUAUUAAUUUUUUAAUAGAAUUAAUUGAAUUGAAAAAAAUUAAAACAAUUGAAAAUAUUUUUAAGAGAAUAAUAAUCAUUUUAAUUUCAAGUGGUAAAAUUCAAUUUUUGGAAUCAAUUUUUUCAAGUAAUAAAAUUAUUGAACAAAUAAAUACAAAUUUAGCAAAUCAAUUUUUAAGAGUAUCUUUUGAAAAGGGUAAUAUUGAAUCAUUACUAUUUUUAGCGAAAAAAUUUAAAAAUUCACACACAAAUUCAUCAAUUAAAACUUUAUCAUUUUUUAAAAUAUUUUUUAAAAAUAAUUUAUUUAUUGAUAAUAAUAAUUAUUUUAUUAAAAAACAUUUAUAA